UUAGAUCCAGAAUGCAAGGAUUCCUUCUCUGCCCAGGGCUGGACAGAGUGGUUUGACAGAGACACCCCUUCUAUUACUGGAGACAAGGAGACUCUUUCCUCUCUUCGUAGGGAGAAUCCUGGGAAGAUCUGUCCCAACCCUACCAAUAUUGAGGCUGUGACUCUUUCUGGCCAUAGUGUUGAGGAAACGGGUGAAAAAAUUUUUAAAUAUGACACAAAAUCCGGAUUUGUCUGCAGAAACAGAGAUCAGCGUGACUGGAAGUGCCAAGACUAUAAAGUUCGCUUCAGCUGUUCAGUUGAAAUCUGUCAAAAUGUGUGCUGGACCAAGUGGUACAAUCGAGACCGUCCCACUGGAUCCGGUGACUGGGGGCAGCUGAGUGCCCUGAGAAAAGAAAACCCUGGUGGAGACCUUUGUACUGAUCUUGUCUAUGUUGAGGCUUUUACUGUUGAAGAUGACAUUCCAGCUCUCAAGAGAGGACAAAAAUUCCAUUAGUAGGUUAUCUUAAAAACAACAAAACAAAACCAGUUCUUACAAACAUGUGCCUGUAAAAUACAGUUUUCAUGACAUCAGCAGAAAGAUGCAAGUUAAAAUAACCUGGUAUUUUUUUCAUUUUUCUUUAGUAAAAUAAUAGAUAUACCUGUAAAACAAAAACUAAUGUAUUCAACCUUAAUUUGGUUUUUAUAAUGAUCUUGCUAACUAUAUAGUAUUUAAAUGUACAUCUAAUUCUUAAAUAAGCAGACUAAAUUUAACUACAAAUCAUUCAGCAAGUUUCUCAUUUCUAAUCAAACAUGUACACUUACACGUUUUUGUUAUCAUUUUCAGCUACAGCCCUGGGAAAAGGGUUUGUCUGCCACAUUAAGGACCACAGAUUUGGCAGGUGCAGGGACUACAAAGUUCGCUUUGGAUGCAGUUGUCGCUCGUUUGCCUGAGUCGACUCCUGCAAAUGAUCAGAGGGAAGAAACUGAAGUUUUAUUUCGAUUUCUUUGCCAUUUCCUUAUCCUUUUUAGUCAUUAACACAAAUGAAGUAUCUGUUUUGCAGGUGCUGCUGGCUUGUCAUUGACAUCUCGUCUACUUAAAGUACAGUGAGGAAGGGAAUCAUAGCUUUGUCUGUCUUUAACAAAUGCAUUAAUUGAUUUUUUAUUUUACCUGUGGGGAAUUAGUCAAAAACAACAAAUAAUUCAAAGCACACAUGCUCUUCUUGGGUUCAUCAUUCUGCUGUAUUCAAAUUAAACCUUAUUAGAUGAUAAGUAUGACCCUAAAGGAUUUACAUAAUUCAGUUAUACUACAUUUUUUAUCAGAGUUCAGGUUUUUUUUUUUGUUAGUUUAUUUAAAAAAAAGAAAAAAACAUAUGUAUGCAAGUUGUGCUAUAUCGCUCAAAAAUGAGCUAAUGAGCAUGUGAUUUUCACUGACUUUCCCUGGAAAUCUUUUGAAAAGUGAUUAGAGAUGACCUGCGAUAAACUCAGAUAAUUUAACAUUCAUAGCUUGUCUAUAGUGAGUCUCAUAGUUGAAAAUGCUCAUCAGAGCUCAGACCAAAAAUGGAAGUCAAAUGAAUAUUCUGUAAACUUCAAAGGCAGGA